GUGCCUUUCACUGCUAACCAUCUCUGUUUUUGCUCUGUUUGUCAUCUCCAAAACCAGUCUUACCAUCUUCUUCCUCUGCAAUGGAGAAACUCGUGGAAGUAUUAUCGGAGCAAGAAGUCCGUAUAGACUUCGCGCUCAACUCCAAAUGCCGGGCGAACGUUCUUCUGAGGUCCCUCUGUGCUUCUGCUCCGGUGGCUUUCAAGGUCCAAACGUCUUCCCCUCACAAGUUUCUGGUUAACCCACCAUCUGGAAUCAUUUCUCCUUUGUCAAAUACUACUCUCCAAAUCAUUCUCAAACCCCAAAGCCAGCUUCCGCCCAGUUUUCCGCGGUCUCACUCUGAUCGUUUCCUCAUCAAAACUGCCCAGUUCGAAGCGGACUUGGACCAGCCGGACUCACUCAAUUCGUGGUUCUCCUCUAGGUCGACUCAGGAUAUCAAGCUUAAGGUAGCCUUCGUGGGACCCUUUCUCCUCCAACACGCGGUUGGGUGUGGGGAUUUUGAGGCCGUCAGGAACAUCCUCAAGCGGCAGAAAUCGGUUUUGUCCUAUUUGUCAACGGAGGAAGCAGAGUCACUCCUGCGAAUUGCCACUGAGUUGGCUGAUGCUGACGAUAUGGUGAAUUUGCUCCUUGAAGCCGGUUUAAGGGUAGACGCAGGAGUGGAGAUGAAUAACGUAGGGUUUUUCACCGUGAAUUCGAGGUCUGCGGUGGCUCCUGAUCUGACGGAGGAGGCAGCGAGGUUCUCUAAGAUGGCGGGAUCCGAAUCCUUCGAUUGGGCAGUCAAGGAGAGGAGAACGCCGUUGCAUUCGUCAGUGGGCGAGGGAAAUAUCCAGUGUGCUAAGGACGCCAAGAGCAAGGAUGAGAAGAAUGCGCUGUGCAGGGCCGCUGCAAAUGGUGGUGACCGAAGGAUGGUGGAGAUGCCGCCGGAAAAGGGUACGGACCCCACCAUUGCAGACGAUCGCCGUUCACCUCUUGAUGUUGCUCCCGCAAAAGGUUAUAAAGAAGCCGCCGGGAUUCUGGAAGGCGGAAAAGAACUGCUGACGGCGGCCAGACGAGGAGAAGUGGAACGUCUCCGCUUGCUUCUGCAUAGAGGGGUAAACAUUAAUUACUGCGAUCAGUAUGGUUUGACUGCCCUGCACGCCGCUGCCAUCAGAGGCAACAAAGACGUGGUUUUGAUGCUCGUUGAAUCAGGAUUAGAUUUGAAUUGCCGAGAUAAUGAAGACCAUGCGCCCCUGCAUUUGGCCGUGGAGGGUGGCCAUUUGGAGUUAGUUGAAACCUUGGUUGAUAUGGGAGCCAAUGUUAACAUCAAGAGCAAGAGAGGCGCGACGCCUCUGCACAUGGCGGAUGCCAUGGGCUACACUGAGAUCUCACAGUUCCUUGUAAAGAAGGGAGCCUCCCCUUCCAUAGAUUCAUCUCAGUCUUUAAAUUCAAUGUAAUUGUGUUCUUCCUUAAUCAUGAUGAUGCCCUAUUAUUCUUAAGUAUUGAAAAGCAUAGCAGGGGAAAAUAUGCAUACGUUCCUAACAAGGAGAU